GAGAAAACUUGUCGGAAAGGCUGCGUAUUCACAACCAAAGUGUCUCAGCAUUCAGCAAAAAUAAGAGAUUGGAUUCCAAUCGAUAAAACAAAAUUAUCUUACAAUGAGAUUAUUUUAGGAAUUGUAAAUAAAUUCAGGAAGACCGAACUUUUGACCCAGUAUUCAUUGACCCAGUCACUUAAAAAAAUCUGAGACUCAUUUUGACAAUGAAGAAAUAAGCCUUGUUUCGCUUUCCAUCACUUUCAAUGUAACAAUGUAAAAAAAAAACAAGACAGUUGCCAGAAUUCAGGUAUCGUCAAAAAGGUCGUUAGGCGGCAAUAGUUCUUUCAGCCCAGUCAGCAGAACAUAAGAAGAUGCAAAAUUAAAUUCUAAGUCACUUGACUCAGAUAUAUGUGACUCUUCUUGAUGAAUUAGGUCUCUCAGCUUUUGCACACCAGAAUUUGCAAUCUUCGAAAUACGAGUGUCAUAUGAGUGGAGACACGGAAAAAAUAUUUCUGUAAAUGAAAAAAAGCAUUCACUAUAAAGAAGUCGCGUUUCGAAAUCCUCACUCUUGCAAUUAAGAAAGCACGUUUCCAAUUGUGACACCACUUGGCGUACAAGCUGCUCAAGCAAGUUAGGAGCUGCAGAAGAAAGCUUCAAAAAUAUCGAUUGUUCCAAAAAUUUAUAAAAGUCCAAAAACUUUGCUCUCGACAAAACAGGAAAUCCCUGUGUAGCGUUUGUUUGCAUAAUCCGAUGCGUGUCGACAAUUAAAUGUAAAACGUACUGUGCCAAGUCCGCCAACCGUGUCGCAAUUUGGAGCAUCCUUAAAUCUCUUUUUAGUAAAAUAAGAAUGUCCUCGAAAAGACUUUUAAUUUUGGCAAAAAAUUCGUCUGGAUAGUCUUUUGCAGACGAUAUUUGUGGAUCAGCUGAACAUUUUAAAAACCGGAAUAUCCCAUCAAAGACAUAGUUCAGCGUCUUUAAAGAGACCCCUUCAGAGCUUGCUCGUUUUUCUUGAAGACAUUCAUAAAUGUUAGAAAGCAGGUACAAAUCUGAAAGAUUCUGUCAGUAAGUUUUUUUUUCAAAGAGUAAUUUAAGAAUAAAUUACUUUUAAAUCUCUAAUCACCCCAAUUUCAUACUUAAACACGUCCCAAACACAUACCAAUAUCGUCAAUUUCCUUCUGAAGCACUUUGCUAGGAAGAUGCAAGGUCUCGAGAACGCAAGAAGCUUCCAAUUUCAGUUUGCUUUUCUCUUGAUUAAGUACUUUCUCUGCCAGCAAUGUUGCUUUCAAUUCGUGAUUCUUUUCAUCUUGCAAUUGUUGCCUCAGUCUUUUGAUAUAGAGCUCCAAGCUUUCUCCCUUUGGCUUAUUCCUUACAAUGCUCCAUGAAAUUGCCAGUUUAGUCUCAUCUCCUUCUAAAACAUUGUCCAUUUUAAGAACUGGAAGUUUGUUUACGCGUUGAGAACGAACGCGUAAGACAAGUAACAUUUGUAUUAUUUAGUGCAGCCUAACAAUAUCUCGUUAAUGACUCUUUGUUUACAUCCUGAACACGACUUUCUUCUCUGCAAUAUACAUCUAUCGUUUGCCAAAUUGAAACCAGAAGAAUUCCCUUUUAUCUUUGCUAUAUAAAUUGCUGUAUAACUUUAGUAAUCAGUUAUUUCUUUAUCGAAAAGGGGUAGGAAUACAGCGAGAGUUCCUUUUGAUAAUUUUUGAAACUUUUUUGAGAUCUAAUGACGGCUAUGUGGGAUGGAUUCGCCGAUUCGUUUUGGACAAGAGAUUAUAUAACCGGUGUCAAAAGUGCCCAGGAAUUAAUUAAUCAAGGCAUUGAGCAAAAUAAAAGCUUACUUUCUUUAUUACAAGCAAAGUCGAAGGCAUUGAUUGCAUGCUCCGACAUUCUUGUCAAAGCAUGUGCUAAACACGAUAAACAAUAUCCUUUCAGUCACGAUACAAACAUCCUCUUGACUUCUGCAGCCAUUAACGAGUUGAGAGAGGAUUAUUUCUGCGAAGCGUCUUUGCAAAAAAAGUGGAGUGAGCAACUAGAGUAUUUAGUAAUUGGUCCCUUUGAAAAAUGGAAUAAGAAUUAUGCAAAGCGAGUUGGCUCCUUAUCUUCGACGAUUCAAGUCAAAAUUGAGAAUUAUAAUUCACGCUUGCUACACGUUCAAAGACUAAAAUCUUCCUUACUGAAUCCAAAACAACGAGGGCAUCGAAAAUCAAGCUCUCUUAGCUCUAUUAAUUCACGAACCCAAGGCAGCAACAAAAAGCUCGAAUCUGAGAUGCCUUUUAUUCUAGCUGGCAAAAAUUACUCAAACGAUGAGUUUUCCAAGUUUCUAUCGACUUUAAAAAAGACAAUGAACAAGGUAAGCAAUAGUCAGCCUGCCGAAUACGUGACGCAUGAUGUAGACUUCCAAAAAGCGUUGUCAUAUACUCUUCCUGGUUCAGAAAAAUCAAAAUUGGAACAAAUGACUGAUGAAUUGGCUGCUCUUGAUAUGGUGAACGUAAAGGAGCGAACGGACAAGUCGGUCGGUACCCCAAAUUCGAAUGUUCAAUUGACACAGAAAGCAAUAAACCUAAUAAACACCAACCAAGAAGACUCACUCGACAGCUCUUCCUUUUUUAGUACACAAAACGAAAACAAACCAGUGUCAUUUUCUAAUGAUCUAGAUAAAUACUAUCUGGCAUUUAGUAAUUUAGAACAAUCAAGGAUAGAGCUAGAGCAAUACUUGUUUACGUACUACAAGGAACUUGAGAAAUGCGAAAUUGACCGACUCUCAGCAAUCGAGACCAUUUUGGCAGACCAUUCUGGCUGCUUUUCAAGUUUUACAACUCGUCUUGAAAGUGUUGUAUCGAACCAGACUAAAACGACUCGCUCUCUUGACAAAUUACAAGAUCUCUCUAAUCAAGUCAAACGUUAUUAUACUGGUUACUUUACAUCUGUCUCCAAUGCUGAUCUUUUUUUGCAAAAUGGUUAUGAAUCCCCCAUUAAGUCAUAUUCUUUCCUUGAUACACAGAUAUCCAGAGUAGUACCAGAAGUUUUGAUGUACUUAGUAGAUGGAUACUCUUAUAUAAAAGAUUUUGAUGCUCUGUACACGAUUUGGACAAAGGAGGUACCUCUGAAAAAAGCUUAUGAAUUAAAGUCAAUAUUGCUGAAUAAUGCAAUUAUCGAUGUUGUUCCAAUAUUGGAAAAAUAUCCUUUACACACUAUUGCUUUUUCACUAAAACUUUGUUUAUUGGAAUUUUCAGAUUCCCUUAUACGUUCCAGCUUUUAUGACUAUUUCAAUGCCCUUUAUUCAACUUACACCGAAGAUAAAGAUAUAGAACAUCGAGUUUAUUCUAUUCGCCAAUGCUUACUGCACCUUCAUAGUACUCCAUUGAGAUUAUUGGAAGAUCUCAUAUCUCACUUCAAAUUUUUUGCUGAUUCUGCUCAAUUUUCUAGAGACGAUCUGUACAAAAUCGCAAAGAUAAUUGCGCCAUGUAUACUAAGACCCCCUAAAAAUGUAACUCGAAUUUCAGUUGAGGACACGCAUCCAGUUUCGUUAGUUUUAGAUUUGCUACAAGAGUUCAAACAAUUAUUUGGAAAUCUUGAACGUUCUGUCACCCCUCCUAUAGAAAUGGAACGAGCACUGACUCCUAUCAAUACUUCUCCGACUAAAUUAAAGUCCUCUCGGUCUUCAUCACCUAUUAAAUUGCCUUCACCAACCAAGCUAUUUCGUCCAUUUUCUUGAUACAGAUUGAACUAUAUUGUCGAUUAAUCAAAUUACAUUCUUUCGAGAUACUACUCUUCGUCUGGGUGACUCCUCGAUUUUGCGACUUGUGUCAGUAAGAUCCUCUUCUUCGCUAUAUUCUUCUUCUUCCGUUAUAUAGCGCACAGCAUCACCAACGAUAUUUCCUACUUUAUGGAAAAUGUUAUUACUCUUAGCUUUUACAGAAGACCAUCCUCGCUGCGAAUCCUGAUUUUCUGGUGUUUUAGGGUGGGCAAAUAUUGUUCGAACGUUAUUAUUUAUCUAAUUUCAUGUUAGCACGUUAGCAUGUUUCAGUUAUUGAGUCUUACCUUAAAAAACGGAUUCGGAGGUGCUUCAUCUAGAGAAUUUCGAAACCUGGGGAACAAGGAUCUAGUGUUGUUCUCUGGAUAUUCUAAUGAUUUACCUAAGGGUUUAUCGUUCGUUUGAGAGCUGCUGCUUUUAACGCUGUUGUAGGUUGCAAGCACACCAUUUUUUAUUGAGUUAGUCAAGACGUUUGUAUCAAGAGAUUUUCUUGGGAUAUAAGACAUAUCGCUUCCUAUUCGUUUGUUUUUCCUUAGUGAUUCCAAUUCAAAAGUCACGUUCAACAGGGUUGGCAUGUCCGCAGAAAAUUGAGAUUGAAGUAGCUUGAUAGAAUCAGCGAAGUUAUAUUUUAGGAGAUAUUCUCGUAAUUCAAUCAGAAUAGCACAACAAAAAUCUAUAGUAAAGUCGAAUGCGCCAUUGAAGCCAUCUUCAUUUUUACCUAAUAAACGUGCUCGCGUUUGGUCAGCUAUAAUCGAGUCCCAAAGGCGUAUAACAUCUGGCAAAGGGAAUUCCUGAGUGAAAAGGCAGGUAUACCAGCGAAAAGAGUAGUACGUGGGAUUGAUUUCUUUCCUAUGCUGUGCAGUUAAUCUGUUAGCUCUAAACCUUUUGAGAAAAACACAUACCAUACACUGCCAUAGUUCAAAAUCAUAUUGCUUCAAACGAUCUGUGAAUUUUGACAUUAAAAAAUAAAUACCAUGACCAGAGUCGUGAUCCAAAGUUUUUUCAUAAAGGUCUCGAACUUGAACCAUCAUCUUGGUAAAUAGAAAGAAGGAGUCACAUUCGCAAUAAAACCGAUUUUCAUAAGAAGGGUCAGUUGCUAAGACAUAGUAUAAAGGAGCGAGCAGUUCAUUCAUGCCUUGAACGUAACCAAUUCCGGGGUUUAAUUUAGCAUAAAUAAAUAAAAUUCGUUCUGUAGCCUCUCGAUGGAUUCCUAACUCAUCCUCGUUUUCUUGAAUUGAUUUUUCUAUGCUUUUUCUUGGUUUGCUGGAAAUAAUACUAGAGGAAGUAGGAGACUCAUUUUCUAGAUGAUAAAUUCUUUCUUGGAGAGAGCGAUGUGAAUCCUCAAGAAACUGAAAGAAUUCUUCUUCACUCUGAAAUGGAAUGUCUUCAAUUGAAAAUCCAGUUUGCAUCGAAAAUGCGGUGCUUCCUUUUGUUGAAGUAGAAUCCUCCGUUUGAGCUUCUGCAACAGAGGAAACGGAAAAAUUCAUGGCGCUUUCUGAUUUUCCUUGAAAAAAAGAUAGGUCAGGUAAAGUUCGUCGGAUGUCUUUGUCAAUCUGUUCCAAUGUCUGGUUAUCUUCAAAAUAUUGCUUCCAUUUUGAGUCCUUAUUCGUGCUUAAAGGCUAAAGAUAGAUUAGCAAAGGAAGCUCUUCUAAUAUUUAUAAAAAUAACUUACAUGAUCCUCA